AUGUGUGAAUUCGAUGUAGUCGUGGUAGGAUCGGUUAAUACCGACUUGUCCAUAUUUGUGGAAAGACAUCCAAAUGCAGGUGAAACGGUUAUGGGCAGAAGUUUUGCCAUGGGCUUCGGCGGGAAAGGUUCUAAUCAAGCUGUAGCUGCUAGAUUACUGGGAUCCAAUGUGGCCCUCAUUGCAAAAAUUGGCUCUGAUACAUUCGGGCAGAACUUUAUUGUUCGCUUGGAUGCACUUGGCAUUGACCGCAGGGGAGUGACUGAAACGGUCGAAGCGAGCACCGGUACGGCGUUUAUCACAGUUGAGCAUACCCGUGGUGAAAACCGUAUCAUCGUUGUCCCUGGUGCUAACAUGCUGUUGAGUGCAGAAGAAAUCAAUGUGGCUCAACAGCUUGGGUUGUUGAACGGACGUGUUGUAGUUUGUCAGUUCGAGGUUUGCGCCACAGCAUCCUUAUGUGCAAUGGAACUUGCUCAACAAAACGGUGCGGUCACAAUUUUGAAUCCGGCACCACCAACCGUACCUAUCCAAGGCGCGAACCAUCUAGAGGUCUUGAAAAAGCUUUUGGCUGUUUCUGAUUACUGCUGCCCAAACGAAACAGAGGCUUUGCAAUUAGCUCAUUGUUAUGGUCACAUUGCACCUGAAUUUGACCCUAAAAAAAGCAACAUGGAUCCACUCCUUUCAACGUUCCGUCAGUGUCUCCUGUGGCUAUCAAACCAGGGUGUCAAACAUCCCAUCAUCACGAUGGGUUCAAAAGGAACGGUCGCACUGCUGGAGACUACUAAAAUACCUGAUCAACUACCACCAGAUGUCUCGAUAGUUCACACCAAACAGCUCCGGACCGGAAUAUUAGCCAAUUUCGUCAUACUUCAUUUAUCAGCUCCCACAAUUUCAGACGCUGUGGAUACUACGGGUGCUGGUGACAGCUUUGUUGGUGCUUUGGCCCACUUCAUCUCGCGCCACCCAAACCUUGGCCCCGUUGAGCACAUCCGGCGAGCCAUUUGGGUAGCAAGUCAAUCAAUUCGUAAGGCCGGCACGCAGUCCAGUUACCCUGGUAGAAAUGAACUACCGUCAUCUCUUUUUGGAACUGACGAAUUCAUAUGGCCGACAAUCUAGUAUCUUCACUAUCUAUUGCAUACCUAUCGUUAUCUACAUUCCCUUCAAACUGACAGUGAUUGGUAGCUUCUUGCUUUGAUUUGUACUGUUUUUUUAAUUAACUGAGCC